CAGAGGGGUGGCGGGAGCGGGUAUCUUGACACACCCCCCCCCCCCCCGCCUUCGCUUCUCAUGGUCCUGGCAGCUGGAGGAGCCGAUGUCCACCCCACCCCCGCUCCCGCCUUGGGCAGAGUAGCCCGGGGGGCUCCCUCUAGGGCGGAGAGGAGGAGCUGCCCAGGGGCCAGCCGCCGCUCCACGGGACCGGAGCCCAGAGCCCGCCCUCAGGGAGGAGAAGCGGGGCCGGGAGAUGGACCCGCCGCACAUGGCUUAGCGCCGGGCGCAGGAGCGGCGUGAGGUUAAUAAUGCUUGUGGGCUAGAGGUGAAAGUGGCUGGGCAGAGCAACAUCAGGAAGGCCACCAGACUGGAAGAGCACAGCUGACCCCACACCAACUAGGGCAGCUGUUGAGUGGGAAGCAUGGAGGAAAGCAGGAAUGAGAAGGUGAACCAAGCCCACAUUCUCUUCGACAGAUUUGUCCAGGCCACAACCUGUAAGGGGACUCUGAAAGCUUUCCAAGAGCUUUGUGACUACCUAGAGCUAAAGCCCAAGGACUAUCGUUCUUUCUAUCAUAAACUCAAGUCCAAGCUCAACUACUGGAAAGCCAAAGCCCUCUGGGCCAAGUUAGACAAGAGGGGCAGCCACAAAGACUACAAGAAGGGGAAAGCAUGCGCCAACACGAAGUGUCUCAUAAUUGGGGCUGGACCCUGUGGCCUUCGUACAGCCAUCGACCUGUCUUUACUAGGAGCCAAGGUAGUAGUCAUAGAAAAGCGGGAUGCCUUCUCUCGCAACAAUGUGCUGCACCUAUGGCCAUUCACCAUACACGACUUGCGGGGCCUUGGCGCCAAAAAGUUCUAUGGCAAGUUCUGCGCAGGAGCCAUUGACCAUAUCAGUAUCCGUCAGCUCCAGCUCAUCCUCUUGAAGGUUGCCUUGAUCUUGGGAAUAGAGAUCCAUGUCAAUGUGGAAUUCCAAGAGCUUGUGUAUCCCCCUGAGGACCAAGAGAAUGAGAGGAUAGGCUGGCGUGCACAGGUUCACCCAAAAACACACCCAGUCUCAGAGUACGAAUUUGAAGUGGUCAUUGGAGGAGAUGGCAGGAGGAACACUUUAGAAGGGUUUCGCCGGAAGGAGUUCCGUGGUAAGCUAGCAAUUGCUAUCACAGCAAACUUCAUCAAUCGCAACACCACAGCCGAAGCCAAAGUGGAGGAGAUCAGUGGCGUGGCCUUCAUAUUUAACCAGAAGUUCUUCCAGGAUCUGCGAGAAGCCACAGGUAUUGACUUGGAGAAUAUUGUCUACUACAAAGAUGACACUCACUACUUCGUCAUGACUGCCAAAAAGCAGAGUUUGCUGGACAAAGGGGUGAUACUGCAUGACUAUGCGGACACAGAGCUGUUACUUUCACGGGAGAAUGUGGACCAGGAGGCUUUGCUCAACUAUGCCAGGGAAGCAGCUGACUUUUCUACCAAUCAGCAGCUGCCAUCACUGGACUUUGCCAUCAAUCACUAUGGGCAACCUGAUGUGGCCAUGUUUGACUUCACAUGUAUGUACGCAUCAGAGAAUGCAGCGAUGGUGCGAGAGCAGAAUGGCCAUCAGCUGCUUGUGGCACUGGUUGGGGACAGUCUGUUGGAGCCAUUCUGGCCGAUGGGAACUGGAAUAGCCAGGGGCUUUCUGGCUGCCAUGGAUUCUGCUUGGAUGGUACGAAGCUGGUCUCAGGGAACUAGCCCUUUGGAGGUCCUCGCAGAGAGGGAAAGCAUUUACAGGCUGCUGCCUCAGACCACCCCUGAGAAUGUGAGUAAAAACUUCAGCCAGUACAGCAUCGAUCCUGUCACCCGGUAUCCCAAUAUCAACAUCAACUUCCUGCGGCCAAACCAGGUGCGCCACUUGUAUGAUACAGGAGACCUGAAAGACAUUCACCUGGAAAUAGAAAACUUGGUGAACUCCAGGACACCAAAGCUGACCCGGAAUGAGUCUGUAGCUCGUUCCAGUAAAUUGCUUGGUUGGUGCCAAAGGCAGACUGAUGGGUAUGCUGGUGUGAAUGUAACAGAUCUCACAAUGUCAUGGAAGAGUGGCCUAGCCUUGUGUGCUAUUAUCCACAGAUACCGUCCUGACUUGAUAGACUUUGAUUCGCUGGAUGAAUGUAAUGUGGAGAAGAAUAACCAGCUGGCAUUUGACAUUGCUGAAAAGGAGUUUGGAAUCUCUCCUAUCAUGACUGGAAAGGACAUGGCAUCUGUUGGGGAGCCAGACAAGUUGUCCAUGGUGAUGUACCUCACACAGUUCUAUGAGAUGUUCAAGGAUUCCAUUCCUUCCAGUGAGGCUCUGGAUCUGAAUGCAGAAGAGAAAGCUGUGCUAAUUGCUAGUACCAAAUCUCCAAUCUCUUUUCUUAGCAAACUAGGGCAGAGCAUCUCCCGGAAACGAACUCCAAAGGAUAAAAAGGAGAAGGAACUGGAUGGUGCAGGAAAGAGGAGAAAAACCAGCCAGUCAGAGGACGAGGAAGCCCCCCGAAGCUAUAGGGAGGAGAGGCCCACACUUGUGAGCGCCCUGACGGAGAGGAGAAUUGAUGCUGCCAUCGGGAACCAGAACAAGGUGAAGUCCAUGGCAACCCAGCUUCUGGCCAAAUUUGAGGAGAAUGCACCAGUGCAGUCCACAGGCUUACGGAGACAGACUGUCCUGCCUUAUCAGGAACGUGUUCACAACCAGCUAUCCUGCAGACAGCGAGAGCAAGGCCGCCUUGCUCCCAUGCCUCAGUGGAAACAGAGAUCUCCUCAGUUUUUUUCUGGUGACCAAGUGCCUGAGCAAGCACUGAAUGUUGAGCAGAGGGCAUGCCAACUGGCUGCCCUCCUGGAGCCGAGGCUGACCAUCAGGCAUCAGCCAGAGACUGAACCGUCUCGUCGAUUCUUUGUUGACCAGUGGGAACGCUCCCUUUGCCUUCGUACUUCCAACCGCCCUUCUUCACCCUCAUCUGACUCCCUUCGACAGAAGUAUAUAAAGAUGUACACAGGCGGAGUGAGCUCAUUGGCUGAGCAGAUAGCCAAUCAGCUUCAAAGGAAAGAACAGCCCAAAACCCUUCUAGACAAGAAGGAACUGGGCUCACUCAAGAAGGAGUUUCCCCAGAAUUUGGGAGGCAGUGAUGUCUGUUACUUCUGCUGCAAGCGGGUCUAUGUGAUGGAAAGGCUGAGUGCUGAAGGCAAGUUCUUCCACCGCAGCUGCUUCAAGUGCGAAUACUGCGCCACCACCCUGCGUUUAUCAUGUUACGCCUAUGACACAGAAGAUGGUAAAUUCUACUGUAAACCUCACUACUGUUACCGACUCUCUGGUUAUGCUCAAAGGAAGAGACCAGCAGUGGGUCCUCUGUCAGGAAAGGACAACAAAGGAUCCCUGCAGGAAGCCAUGGCCGCUGAAGCAAGUGGACGGGCAAAUUCCAUAGCCAUUUCGGCAGAGAGGACUCCAGGUCCUAAUGUCAAUGGAUUGGAGGAGCCCAGCCUGGCCAAGAGGCUGCGUGGCACACCUGAGCGCAUUGAGCUGGAGAAUUACCGGCUGUCACUGCAGCAGGAGGAGGAACUGGAAGAGGUUCCCGAGGAGACCCUGGCAGAGCAUAACCUGAGCAGUGUACUAGACAAAGGAACAGAAGAGGAUGUGCCCAGCAGUAGUUCAGAAUCCGAGAUGGAGGAGGAGGAGGAGGAGGAGGAAGAGGAACCCCUGCAGCCACAGCUACCCACCUCAGACCUGGGAGGUGUGCCUUGGAAAGAGGCUGUGCGAAUCCAUGCCCUUCUGAAGGGAAAGAACGAGGAAGAGCUUGAAAGUCAGAAAAACCACAAGGCUGAAGACAGGGAAGAGGAGGAGGAAGAAGAAGAGGAAGACGCAGAGUCUAGUGAAGAGGGAGAGUAUUACCCUUGGGCGAGAGAGCUCCAGCAAGGCCUCUGGCUUCAACGUCCCUCAAAUGAAGAGGACACGGGUACUUUUAAAGCUGGAAACCUGAGGCUACAGCAGAUUGUAAAUCCGAUUGAUCCCCUGGAGAUCCUGGCAGAUGUGCACUGGACACACAUCCGUGAGAAAGAGGAGGAGGAAAAAAUGGUCCCAAUUUCAAAGUCCUCCACCUCCAGAGCAUCCGACCUUCCCUCCGUACGCCGUGAGGCAGUGCAGGCAUGGCUGGAGACGGUCUCUGGAGCCCCAUUUGAGGAGAAUGAAGUGGAGGAUGAUGUGGGCACAGAGCCAGCAGAUACAGAAGGGGAAGCAGGCGAAGAUGGAGACACAGGUGCAGAGCUAGAUGAUGAUCAAAGAUGGUCAGAUGACACCCCACCUGAUGCAGAAGAUGAGUGUCACUUACCUCAAGGGGACAUGGAAGAGCCAGAAUUGAAAGUCUCUGAGGAUGAGGAUCCAUGCAAACCCUCCACCCCCAUCUGGUCACCCAAUAAGACUGCUGUUCCUCAGUCCCCAGCUGGUAGUCCCAGUGCAGAACAAAUAGAGAAGGUAAAGGAUCCCCUCAUGGCAGUGCCCGGCAUGGACAAAUCUCCAGAGAGACGCUUUUUUCGUGAACCAUUCCUCCUUGAAGAAAGUCCAAAAGAUGAAAUCCUUGAAGAUCAGAAAGUUAAAAGCCCUUCUGUCUCUCUCUCUCCAAUACGGUCCCAACCAGUUGCAUUGCCAGAAGCCAUCACACCUGCAUCACCAGUGCAGUCUCAGCCUGCAACACCUAUGUUGGCUUCGUCCCCGCUCUCUGCCCAGUGGCCUAUCUGUUCCCAGCCUUUGCCGUCUGCUGAAGCACCCAUUCCAUCUCCAGUGGAACCUCCAGUGUGCUUUCAGCCUGUACCAGCCUUAACAUCCACUCCUCUGACCCAGCUUGCCCUAAAGAGCCAAGAUAAUGAAGUAGUAAAAUUGGGGAGCCCUACUACUGCAGAAGAAGCCCUGAAACGGAAUAACCUUGUAGAGGAGUUCUGGAUGAAGAGUGCUGAAAUCCGGAGGAGUCUGGGGCUCACUCCAGUGAACAGAAGCAAAGGGUCAGAGCCUAGCUUUACUGUCUCAGCCCUUGAGUCAGCUCCGCUGAGUGUUUCAGAGGAGGAGGGGAUCCAUCUUGUAAAACCCCAGCCUGCUCCAAGAAGGCUGAUCAUGUCCAAACUAGACAGUGAGCAGAUGUCUCUGCUGACUCCAAAAUCUCCCUCAGACAAAGAGCUGAAGAGUUCCAAUGAAGUAAAGAGAGACUUAUCCAGCAGCUCUGGAUUGGGUCUGCAUGGAAGUUCAUCCAACAUGAGGACAUUGGCCAGCCAGAGCUUCAAUACUUCUGACUCUACUAUGCUCACUCCACCAUCAAGCCCUCCCCCACCACCUCCUCAAAAUGAAGCACCAGCAACUUUGCGUAGAAAGAGGCAUCAGACAAUUUGGCAGAAUGAGACAGAGUCUAAGCCAGCACCGACACCUCCUGCACCCUCACCUUAUGAGCACAACCCUCCUGCCAAAGAGUCAACCCAGGCCUCAAAAGAAGAGGAGCGGAAGUCAUUUGUGGAGAGUGUGGAUGAGAUUCCAUUUGCUGAUGAUGUAGAAGACACUUAUGAUGAGAGAACUGAGGAUACAAGUCUUCAUGAGAAGUUCUUUACACCCCCUACCAGUAGGCCAAGGCCAGAGAAGCCUCUUCACCUGCCAUUGGCCAAAGAGAAUGGUGGACUUCCCUCAAUGGAAGGAGAAGCAAACCAAAGGAAGAGAGUGCUGCCUCAAAUCUCUCCAGAAGCUAAGGAGCUAGCUGAGGAAAGAAUGAGAGCCAGAGAGAAAUCUGUAAAGAGUCAGGCAUUGCGGGAUGCCAUGGCUAAGCAGUUGUGUAAGAUGAAAGAUCUGGAGAUGGCUGCAGCUGCUGGGGCCACCAAGGCACGAAAAGCCUCCUCCAUGCCCUUGAAGCCCAAAGAGAGAGUUUUUGAGUCCUCAGCACGUUUGGCCAUGAAAGCAGCAGAGGGCCCCACGCUGAAACAUGAUGCUGCUAAUGAAAGGUUCCUCUCCCCCCCUGUUGAUGUUGCUGGGCCCGAAGGGUCUGUCACCUCCUCAGAGGGCUCCAGUGGGAAAAGUAAGAAAAGGACUUCUCUAUUCUCCCCUCGUAAGAACAAAAAGGAGAAGAAAUCCAAGAAUGACGGCCGGCUUUCUGACAAAUCCAGUGGCAUGGCUGAGGAAGCCACCAAGCCCAGAUCAUUGUGGAAGUCUGUUUUCUCUGGGUACAAGAAAGACAAGAAGAAAAAGACUGAUGACAAAUCCUGCCCUAGCACUCCCUCCAGUGGUGCCACAGUGGACUCUGGGAAGCACAAGGUCUCUCCAAUGGUUAGAGCAGCAGAUUUGCAGCUCCGUCGACACUUGAGUUUCUCAGAGGACUCUGACCUCUCCAGUGAUGAUGUUCUUGAACGAUCUUCUCAGAAAUCCAAGCGAGAGUCGAUUUAUGUACCACACGCCCUGGCAUUCAAGAGAUCAUACUCGUCAAAGAGAGCCUACACUGAGGAGGAGCUGAACGCCAAACUGACCAGGAGAGUGCAGAAAGCUGCCCGGCGACAAGCCAAGCAGGAGGAACUAAAGAGGUUACACAGAGCCCAGAUCAUCCAACGGCAGCUGGAGCAGGUAGAAGAGAAGCAGAGGCAGCUGGAGGAGAGGGGGGUUGCAGUGGAGAAGGCCCUUAGAGGAGAAGCAGACUAUUGGGGAGAGUCUUAUUACAGUGACCUCAUCGACUUGCACCUGGGUGUUGAGCCCAAUGCCGGGACACCACGUCGUAGACCUCUCUCCUUCUGCCCUUGCUGUGCCCAUGAAGGCAUGGGGAAGAAGGAUGAUCCAAAGCUGAUGCAAGAGUGGUUCAAGCUGGUGCAGGAGAAGAACGCUUUGGUGCGCUACGAGUCUGAGCUGAUGAUAUUUGCUCGAGAAUUGGAGCUGGAAGACAGGCAGAGCCGGUUACAGCAGGAACUCCGGGAAAGGAUGGCAGUGGAAGAUCACCUGAAAACAGAUGAGGAGCUAUCAGAAGAGAAGAGGAUCCUGAAUGAGAUGCUAGAAGUCGUGGAGCAGAGAGACUCUUUGGUGGCCCUCCUUGAGGAGCAGCGGCUUCGAGAAAAAGAGGAGGACAAGGACCUGGAAGCUGUUAUGCUGUCCAAGGGCUCUAGCUUGAACUGGUCCUGAGCUAACAUACUCACCUCUGCUGGUCUGUGCUAUCCAGCUGCCCUACACUGAGUUUGUCAGGACUACCUGGAUCGAGAGAUCUUGAGGGGGAAACCUUGUUAAGGGUUCUGCAGCAUGCAGGAAUUCAGUUUGAAGCACCCAGAAGCCUUUUGAUAAUUGGGUUUGGUUCUAGAGGCUUGGGUCCCGCACAACGUCUGCAAACCAAGCUGAAGACGAUGGCCUGAGAUUGCACAGUCUCUUUGGGUCCUAUACAAGGGGCCAUUAGCAUUUUGUGAUAUGAGGGAAAAGGGUAAACUUUUUGUGGAGGGAUUUAUUACCUUUUAAUGAGAAAAAACCCUUAACCAAACUGGAUUUGCUGCAGUCUGAUCUCUCUUGCUUUUUCACUAUUAGCAUUUUUUAAUGAGAGGGAGAGAAGUGGCUAACCUCUCCUGAAAACCACAGCAGCCUGUAGCAGUCCUUGGGGGAGUUAACCAGCUAAAGGAGAGCUCCUGAAGCCCAGAGCAGCACCUUUGUUUUAUUCUUCCUCCCCACCAAAGAAACAAACCUGAGAUGAGCAUUAUGCAUGGGUAUGAAGGAACACUGGAAAGAGAAAACUUUGGUGGUGUGUUUGUUUGAAACCUCUUCUGCCCGUCCUGGCUUUUACGGAGACAAGGGCCUCAGAGGGCACACACUCUCUCUCUAUCGUACUUUCUAGAGUUAUGGUUAUGAGAAGAGUAGAGAGAGAGAGUGUGGAGUUCUCCCACACUUUGCUACAUGCUGGACAGAGAGCUACUGCUGGUCUCAUGUCUUCAUGGCCAUUGUUCAAAGGCUAAUAAGUUUCUCUAAUUUGUUUUUUUUGUCGCAACCUUUUGACACUGGAAAAUACUGACUUUGUGGGACAAUGGUAAGUGUUUUGAGGGGCAGGGUUGUCAAACGGCAUUCUCUGGCUUUUAAACCCAGAGAGGGAGCCACCUCUGGGUGAAACGUUGUUGAGACUCCUCAGUGUUUGGUUUUUUCCCCCUCUAUUUCAUUUUUGCACGUCAGAAAUGAAGCUUAAGACCUGCCUGGGCCCUCAGUCACCUUGACCCUUUUAUGUCAAUUAACUUAUUUUUUUAAUACUUGAAAGAAGAUUCAUUUUUGUACCUUUUAAGAAACAAAUGGACAAGUGAGUGAUAGGUGUGUGCCUGCUGCAUCCCACAACCUCUGCUUCUACAUCACAGGACUCUUGUUACUUGUGGCUAUUUAUUAGUAUUGUUAUUAAUAAUGUUACUGUUGCCCAUCUUGGGUCUGGGAGGAGUGUGUGUUUUAACUCCAGGAGAGCAAGACACUACCGCAGAUUGGUCCCUACUUUGUAUACAGGGCAGACUUCCUGGACUCGCGUAUGCAUCCUGCCCUAGCCAAGUCCUUUUUAUGAUGAUCUCCUGCACAUCCAUGGAGUUGUGAGAAACCAGUAGUGUUCGUAGCAGAUUUUCCCUCUGUAUCCCAGAUUCCCUCUCUCUGGACGAACAAACCUGUAAUUUAUUUAAAUACCAUUAAUAGUUUGUAACAAGAAAACCAAAACUGUGACCUAAAAGUUCUCCCCCACCAAUAGCUCUCCCUUCCGCUCAGAGGUUGAACCCUGCCAUUGUAAGAGCUGCCUAGAGUGACUUCCAGCUUAGCAAGUGAGGCACAAUUCUUUCUGCAUCUGCCAAAGCAGGCUCCUUUCUGCUCCACUCCCAGAGCUGUGGCCUUUGAUCCAGGAGGGUGCCCGUUGUACUCCUACUUUCAGUAGUGGGCAGGACAUACACUGAGCAACCUAGCUACCAGGCUAGGAAGGACUCUGCAGUCUGUCACCAUUUGGUAGACUCCAGAAGUACACUACAUCCUUAACCCAUCCCACUGGGCACAGGGCGUGAUGCCAUCCCUCUUAACUUCGAAUUUCCUAGCCACGUUUGGUUUGUGUCACAUCCUUAGCAUGGUCCAUUGUUAGUGUGUUUUUCUCUGGGGUUUAACAGCGAAGGAAGAUAGUUAAGCUUGCUUCCCCCGGUAUCUGAGAGGUGUGUCCCAUUCCCAAACAAAUCCAUGCAGCACCAUUGAGGUUGCUAAUGCUAUAGCCUGGUGGUGGAGCAGAUACACAAUCAGUGGGGUCCUUCCCAUUUAAUCUUCUGCUGUGUCUGAAAGGGACUCUCCCUUCUGCUUUGGGGGGACUCCUUGAGGUACUCGCUUCCUGUGUUCAUAAAGGGCAUGGAACCUUGCUUUUUGGCCAUCUGCUCUCCCCAGCAGAGUCCUCUGGAUUCCUGUGGGAGUUUGGAGGAGCCCCAUGUCUGUUUUCUCAACUUCGCACCGCUGUUAGGGACCCAUGCCAUGCCCACCGUACUUCAAGCAGAGAAGGAACGGAUGGGACACUCUCCAGAGACCAUCUGCAAAGCUGUUUAGUUGGCUGUGGAAACAUACUUUCUCCCACCCGACCCCAGCCCAGCUAGCAGAGGCUGAACAAGCUGUCUCCUGUGCUUCCUGCUCUUCCCAUCCCAGGGAGUAUGUGACCACAAAUUAAACCCAAGGUCUAGCAAAGCAAUGCAGAGAGCCAGCCACUGUGUUACUUAAUAGUGUUCGUGCUAGGUACCCAGAGCAAAGCUCCAGUGGAACAUCUGAACAUAGACCUUCACCUGCCUGUGUAGUGAAGGGGCAAGCUGUAGCUGCAGAACCAGUUUACAUACACUGUUUUUGUGGGUUGCACCACAAAAAUGGUGACUCCUACCAAAAAAACCCCCAAAAUCUAGGGUGGCUCUUGCUGACUGUUUUCCUAAAACCAGCCUCGACCCAUUUUAAUAGUGCACACUGUCUGAGGAACACAGCUGAUUUUGGACAGGAGAUCAUUAAAUACGCACUGCAAAUGAAAAAACAAAAAGCUACCCUGCCCUCCUCAUUUAUGCUGUAUAAAAAGAGCCUCUUAACAUAAUAUUUUUUAAAUUGCUGGUUGCUUGUUAUAGAAGAAAUAUGAGGUUCACACUUUUCUCUUUGUGCUGGGGGACUUGAAUAGUGUUGUUACUCAAGGCUCUGCUCUGACAACCGCCCUCCCUGCCCCCAGCUAAAAGGGGGGUGGGGAGAUGCAUGUUCUUAAACUCUGCAACCCUUCAGGUCUCACUGGCCUCAGAGGAGAAAGUGAGGACCUAAUGCACAUGUGAAAAAAAGAAAAACAAUUUAAAACCAAAAUUGAGGCCUGUUUUACCUCAUAAAAACCUGUAAAGGGCACAAUUUAUAUUUCCAGUUCAGUUAAAUUUUCAGAAAAUCCAUUACAUAAGGACUAGUUUUUAAUUAAAAAUAUUUAUUUUUUAGAAUGAAAUAUAGAGACUCUUGUCACAUGAAACUGUCUGGGUGCAUAUUUUCAAACUGCCACCUUCUGCAACUGCAUCUGAGUAAGGUGUUCUACAGAGCUAUCCCUUGGGUAGGGAGAAUCAGGGCAAUUGCUCUGGGUCCCACGCUUUGUGGGGCCCCGCGGGCCAGUACGAUUGGCCAACACAGUCAUGGAAGAGACGAAUCCGUCACUUCCGCCUCGGGCCCCGCACCCUUCUAGGGACAGCCCUGGUGUUCUAACUCUUUGAGCUAGUAGAGUGGAUAACAACACAACUGUGGCAAUGUGCAUUCAGUAAUACGUGCUGCCUUGAGUGUGAGGGAGACUAAAGGAGUCUAUUAGUACAAGUGCGUGCCCCUGUAGAUGGUACUAACCAGACCAUGGGCUGGUGAAAGCUGAGUUUGGAACCUAAACUCCAUGUCUAUUCCUUAACUGACUGAGACUGGGAACGUGCAGGAGGCAGGGUACUAUGUCCCUGGGGAGGAAGGAGUCCUGGGCUUCAAACUGCUCGGAUGUGGAGGGAGGACAACUCAGCCCUGGGCUAGAGGGACAGGUUCAAUCUAAUGUGAAGCCCUAACCCGUGCUGGGGAGAGGAAAGAAUAAAAGAGGAAACGGGGGUGCGGGGAGCCCCAACCAAAAGAAUUAUUUAUUUUAUUUUGGAGCAAUACAAAUAAUUUUAAAACCGAUUUCCAAACAAAAACCUCAUCUCAUGGGAACGAGAAUAUCUUUUAACAUGGAUUCCUUUUUAAGUAAUUCACCAAUGACUGUAAAAGCCACAGGGUUGUGUCCUGGGCUUCAACCCCAGCUGCUGUCCCUGAUAGGUGGCCUGAAGCUGCUCUUUAAAAAGAAACUCGCAUUUCAGAUGAAAAAUGUAUUUGGAAGAGGGGUAGGGGUUGAUUUGAAAAGCAAACUGCAUUGACUAGUUAUAAUCCCUUAGGGUGUCUCUCCGCCGCAGGGGGAAGCAUGCCUCCCAGCCUGGGUAGGCAGACACAGACUAGCUCUGCGUGAGCUAGCAUGCUAAAAAUAGCACUGUAGACAUUACAGCACAGGCUACUCACCCAAUUACAAGCCAGUCCAAGCCCGGUAGCUAGCCCCUGCCACCACCCUUGCCGUAAUGUCCACGCUGCUAUUUUUAGCCCAAUAGCUCAAGCAGAGCUAGUGUGUGUCUCUACCUGAUCGGAGAGGCACCUUCUGAGCUGCAGUGUGGACAUAACCUUAGUGCCUGAUCCUGCAAACAACAUACUACUGGGCAUAGCACUGACCACUGACCCUUCAGGGGGACACCACAUUGUAGUAAGUACUAUUUUUGAUAAGUCUUUGCAGCAUCAGGCACUUAGCUAAAUAGAUAUUACAAAAUGUUUCAAGCCAGCUUCUAGAAUCCCUGUCACUUGUUCAGUUUCUCCAACAAAUAGUGAAUACCUUUCUCAAUAGCACCCGCCCCUUUGAUGCUGCAUCUCCGCUGGGAUCUCGUGAUGACUCUGAGUAGGGCUGCGUGAGUUUCACUGUUAGAAAGUGCCAAAGCUGGGAAGUUCUAAAAUAUGAUAACAAAAAUACAAAUCUGUAUAAGACUUACCUUACAACUUGAAGCUUUCCUGUACUUUCCGAUGGCAGUGCUGAUCUCUUCAGCCCUAUGUUAAUUCAUCCUGGCUUCUUGUUUGGUAAUUAAUUGUUUUUCAGUUCUAUUCAAGAUAUUUAACAUUUAUUUUUUACUCAUUUACUCUUCCCACUGAACUUAAGAUCUUUCUUAUUAUACUCUAGUCUUCCAAGAACAGCUCCCACCUGAAGCAACAUGAUUUCAGAGUUGCAUGUCAGGAAUGUGAUCUCUGUGGGGAGCACAGUACCCAGUGUACAGCCCUGCCUGCUAUGGGCUGUAGCAUGCAACGAGCUCCAUGACUUUUAAUUUCCAUUGUCUGUCUGAAAGUGAGCAUUAAAAAUAGACCUUGAUGGUAGUAUGCUUAGCUCCUGUGGUCAUUAACAAAUGCUCCCUCCCACCCCAUUCUCAUCCAGUAAUCCAGCCUUCCCCAUACAGUCUAAAUUACAACAAUGCAGGAAUAAAUAGGGCCCUAAUGUUUCACUAAGGAAAAAUUCCUGAUAUCCUUUUCCUUUUUAAUAAUUUUGUUGCUUGUUCAUGACUGUAUUGGUAUGAGAAAAGUUGCUAUGGUUAAGUAAUUCUGAUUUUAUAUGCAUGGCUGAUGCAUUGUGCCCUGAUUCCUUUGACUAGUUUUAUAAAAAUGAAAUUAAAUAAUCCCCAUCUUUGAGAAAUGGCUCCUUCUGCUACAGGUCUCUCUGCAUCAGAGAUGUUCCCCCAAUCACUAGAAAGGUUAAACAUUCAUGAACUGCCCAUGCAAUAAAACUCUGAAUCUCAGAGGUAGAACAGCAAGAGAGCUAAAUACUGGCUUCAUACUUCCUAAUGCACUUUGUGGGCUGAGCUGAAGAACAGCUGGGGCCGGCUCAUGGAGUGGCAAUGUGUGCUGCCUGGAGUUAAGUUCCCCUGUGCCUGGGAUGGGGUUCCCCUGAAAGUACUGGACAGAGUCAGACUCCCCUGUAUCUAGAGUGGGAACUAACACCUCCAUUCUAAGGAGCAAACUAAGAUAAGACCAGCACUUGUGCUCAGGGCUGGGAUCAGGUUGAGUAGAGGGAUCAUCCUUUCAGAGGUGCCUCAGGAGCCUCUCCUUGUACACUUGUGAAUCGUGAGAGUCAAUGCAACUUGGUGAGGCUCAAACCCACUGAAAAGCUAUGCUUCCCUACCUAUCCCAUGCCUGCUCUGGAUAUCAUACCACCAGAGGAAAACCGUGCAAAGGGAAAGACAUGAAUAUCUUUCAGCUCUAACUUCCAAAUACACUUUUGUCUUUUUAACUUAACCAAAACUCCAUUUGUCCAAUUGGGGCUGGAGAGUGACUCUUCUUGUUGCAAACUCCAUUGCUAAGCAUAUCAGGAUAGGAUUAUAGAGCAACAGCAGGUUUUAAAACAGUCACAUGAAUCUGUUUUUUCUCUCCAUCUGUCUCUGAUUUCCUGUAAAUAUUUGUUUGUGUGUUGGCUGUACAAACACCAAUGGAUCCUUCGUUCACCCCGGUGGUCAAAAAAUGAGAUUUGCAGUGUCCAGGCCUCCAUCAGAACACAGUGCUUGCACAGAGCUAGUUAGCGUGUUUGUCUGCACUCUGUGGUGGAUUUUAAUAUUUUUAUACAUCCUAAUCAAGAACAUUUUAGAGCAUUUGAAAGGUCUAGAUUGCAUGAUCUGGAGCAGCCGUUGGUUCCAUUUUUUAACAGUUGAUCCUAAAACAUUCACCACCACCUCUUUGGUUAAAACUUUUAAAAUGAAUUUUUGAUUAACUGUUUACAUCGGAUGCUGAUGGAUAAGAAGCAUUGCAUAAUCUCGUAUGUAAAAAUGUGAAAAGCCACAACAUGGCUCUCAGGAGUUGGAACUGUUACCAUCUGCAAUAAAAAGAAGUCUCUAAGUAUACCAUGAAACAGCCUGUAUAUAAUUCAUGGGAGAGAUCACUUCCUUGACUGAUUCACGAUAACAGAGAUUAGAUGCUUUCUGAAUGUUCCUGCUUUUGGAGAUGCUUAGAAUGGUGCUAUAUAGGCAGUGGAGUUGAACAGACAAGGAUGUCAUGUAAGAUGUAGAUGUGAAGGGGAAAAUGCCAUGCUAUGAUGGCACUGCAGUAAUUUAAAUAAUCUCUCUCUCUAUAUAUAAAUAUAUAUAAUGUAUGUAUAUGUGUGUGUGAAGUCCAGUCCAAUUGAAGGGAUUUGCUUUGGCACCUACCCCUUGGGAUAUGAGUGAAUGCUGAUAUUCAGACUGUUCAAGGCUUUUAUAGUUGGCGAGUGUGGAGUGUUAACAAGAAAGUGUGUACCCUACAUGUAUAAAACAUCCAGGCUGUUUUCUUCGAUUUGGGUGUGUUUUAUUUUUUGUUUUUUAUGCACACUUGCUUUGUUGGUGUUUGAGAUUUUAGCACCUGAGGUGGCCAACGGAACUAAAAAAUAAAGUCAUUCAUUAUUUUUUUU